GGGCAAAUAAUUUGAGCCAUGGUUAGAGUAAAGGCUCCGGCUAUGCGGGCCAAGUCCAAGGAUGAGCUGCUGAAGCAGUUGGAGGAUCUUAAGACAGAGCUCUCCACUCUACAGGUCCAGAAAGUGACUGGCGGAGCCACAAACAAGCUCAGUAAGAUCAAGGAUGUCAGGAAGUCCAUUGCUCGGUGUCACACAGUUCUCAGAUCUAACCAGAGAGACAACCUCAGGAAGUUCUACCAGAAGAAGAAGUACAUCCCACUGGACCUGAGACCCAAGCUGACCCGUGCUCUGCGACGAGCCCUCACUACCCACGAAGCAGCUCGCAAGACGAAGAGACAGCAGAAGAAAGAAGCUCAUUUCAGCCAGCGAGUGUUUGCCAUAAAAGCAUAAUUUUACAACGGUUUUUAUUUAUUGUAA